UCUACAGAGGUAUGCAUUGAAAUGUUUAUUUGACUUUCAAGCUACAAGUUAAAAAAUGGCUGAUUUGAGAAAGUAGGAAUAGAAGUAUAAUUUAUCUUAAAAACAUUGAUAUACAAACUUGUUAGUGGCCUGUUUCUUUUUCAGGAAUCUCAAUCCAUUCUUUCUUGAUCAGUCACCUGACCUGGGUCAAAGACCUUCAAAAAUACAAUUGGCCAAUCACAGUAUAGGGAGCUGCAGACUCCACCCACUGUCAGCUUGUACUGUUGUGAGGGUGGCGUGUUGGAUAAAUAUCAGCUUCGGCUCUCUGUCAGCCAGUGUUGGGCUCAUGUGGCUCAUCAUUCACCUCAGGUAACUCUUCCCUAGCCGAUUAAGAAGACAAAAGACGGUGACAUGAACAGGAAGAUGGCCGGAGACUGUAGCUACACACAAUGUUCUCCCUGGUCCCAGCCAGAGAGGAGGAGGGUCAGGGAGCGCUUCCAGGCUGCCCUGGCUGGCCUCCUUGAGCUGGAGGUUCUGAGAUACAAACACAAGAAGAUGGUGGAGGCAAUACUGAAGGACGGCAGCCCAGAUCCCCAAAGCUCAGAAAAAAGGUUCCCCCUUCAGCCACCAGGGGGUGCUCCCUUAGGGAAAGAUGGCUUCCGGGUGCCUGGUGGCAGCGGGGGGCUCAGGUUUGCACGCAGCCUCUCCCAGGAUGACAUCGAUCACCUCCGGACAGCCAGACAGCCCAAGUCACAGCUCAGUCGCUCCACGGAAAACCUGCUGCUUCACUACAGCCACAUUGACGACAGUGUCUUCCACCUGGUACUGACUGACUCCGGCUCACGGGCCAGCUCCGGCUUCUAUGACGAUGACGAGGACAGCCAAGCCGGCGCUGGGGGGUCCACCCUGUCCGGGUCACGUGCCUCUUUGGUGGGAUCUGAGGCUGUGACUUCCCCCGAACUGGAUGCAGAGACCAUCCCCUCUUGGAGGCUCCAGUGUGUCGCCAGCCUCUGCCCCGAGUCGCACUGGCAGGAUGUACGUCACAUGCUGCAGCCACAGCUGCUUCUGGAGCCCAGAUACAGAGUGGACCUGAGGACAGGCCGGAGUAGUGAGGUGUACCGGUACCCCAGCCCGCUGCAUGCAGUCGCCCUUCAGAGCCCCCUCUAUGGCCUGGACUUCAACCGGACCACACUGAACCAGGAGGAUCAUCCCGGACGCCACAUGAAAUAUCUCUCUCUGCCGACCUAUCUGUCCACCCCCCAGAAAACCACUGGUCAGCCCUCGAGUGCCGACUCGGAUCAGCGUCGCCUACAAGAACUGAUCCUCAGUCGGGCUCGGGGAUACCAUCGUAUGGACUCCACUGCCACCUUGAGGAAAUGCAAGGAAUCCAAUUCACUACUGCCUGGCCUGGCCAUGUCUACGCUUGCAGGUUUUGCUUGCAGGAGAGCUGAUAUGGGCCGGUCUUGGAGCAUUCGUUCUGAAGUUCAGGCAGGCCCUUGGAAAUUUCCUUACAGAGGCUUCUCCAGGGUUUCCAGCAGACGGGUGGUCCCUUCCGAACACGCGAAUGGGGAGUUCCGCAGGAAAGUGGGCACUCUGACCACGUUGAAGGGGAGGAAGCUUUUGAACGAUGGAGAGUCUGGGGGCGUCUUAAGGCUGCUGACUCAAAUGCAGCAAACGUCGCUUACGGCCACCUGCCAGAGCUGCCCAGGAGACGCGGUGAAGGUGCUACAGCGGCGCGGAGCUCACUUGCGGAGGGUCCAUCCCAGUAUUGGGGGGGCAAGUGUGUCCAUGGAUCCCUUGUGAAGGGCGGGGGAGGGGCAGGCAUUCUCUCCCAGGGAAGAGACAUUCUCCAUUUUGGUGCCCAGCAUCGAGACUCACAGCUGACUUCAC